GUUACUGAUCGAUUGUAGCGUGCGCCUUUAUUAGGAACGUCAUAAGUGAGCCGUAGAUCGCCUCCCCUCUGUUUCCUUCUCUCCACCACCUUCCCAUCGCCAGCACAUCGUAGACACCAUGCCCGUCUCCCGCCGCGGCAGCGGCAGCGUUGUGCUGCCCACCGGACAGACCCUUGCUUUCCACACCAGGACCAACGAUGCCGACGACCUCCCUCAUGCCACCAAGAAGAGCAUGGCGGAACACCUCCGCAAGUACGAGGCAUUGUUCACGCUUACGCCGCAGCGCAUGCGUAUGAUAGUCGAGGCUUUCAAGGACUCGCUCGAGAAUGGGCUCGCAAAGAGUGGUCAGAUUGUCCCGAUGAUACCCACCUAUGUGUUCGGGUGGCCAACGGGAAAGGAAUCUGGCAACUUCCUCGCGGUGGAUCUCGGGGGUACCAACCUACGUGUCUGUCUGGUAACGCUCGAAGGCGGGGGCAAGUUCGAAAUCACGCAAUCCAAGUACCGUCUCACGGAAGAACAGAAGCAGGAGGAUGGACAGAAAUUAUUUGACUUCUGUGCGGAGUGUCUCAAGGCGUUCGUGGAGUCCAACAUUGACGGAGGCACGAUCAUAAAGGGGGAGAUACUGCCGCUUGGAUUUACCUUCUCCUACCCAUGCCUGCAAGACCGCAUUGACCACGGUAAGCUCAUCCGGUGGACCAAGGGCUUCGGCGCUCCGAACACCGAGGGCCACGACGUCGUCAUUAUGUUCCGAAAGUCUCUGCAGAAAUAUAAAGUCCCGGCUGACGUCGUCGCCCUCACAUGCGACACGACCGGCACGCUCAUCGCUUCGCACUACGUAAACCCAAAGACGCGCAUCGCGUGCAUAUUCGGCACCGGAUGCAAUGCAGCAUACAUGGAGCGAGUUGGCGAUAUCCCGAAGAUCGCACACCUGGGCAUCGAUCCGGAUGCCCAGAUGGCGAUUAAUUGCGAGUGGGGCGCAUUUGACUCGUUCGAGCACGAGAACCUGCCUCGGACGAAGUACGAUGCGAUCAUUGACGAGACGUCGAACAAGGCGGGCGAACAAGCGUUCGAGAAACUCAUCUCGGGACGGUACCUUGGCGAGAUCUUGCGGCUUAUUAUCUGCGAGCUGAUUGACGAGGGUGUGCUUUUCCUGGGCCAGAACACUUAUAAGCUCGAGAUUCCCUACUCGUUCGACACCGCAUUCCUCUCGCUCAUGGAAAGUGACCCCACCGAUGAGUUGCUCAUGAUCAUCGGAAUCUUCACGUACUUCUUUGCUGUGGAGACGACGCUGGCGGAGCGCCAAUUCUUCCGCGCUUUGGCGAAGCUUGUCGGUCGGCGAGCCGCGCGACUGAGCGCGUGCGGCAUCGCGGCGAUUGUGAGCAAGAUGGGGUACCUGGACGAGGGGUGUGCUGUUGGCGCAGACGGGUCGCUGUACAACAAAUACCCCGGUUUCGCGGAGAGAAUUCAUGAGGGUCUAGUGGAUGUUUUCGGCGAGAAGGGCCGGAACAUCAUCACUUACCACGCUGAAGACGGCAGCGGUAUCGGAGCAGCCAUCAUCGCAGCUAUGACCAAGGCGCGGAAAGACGCAAACCUGUACCCGAACCUCUGA